AUGUCCUCUUCAGUCCCCCAAACCAACGGCCAUGCCGAUACCACCAUCCCAGCUUCCACUCCUGCCGCCGGUUCAGCUCAACAAUCCAAGAUCCAACCUAAUGACGUCGGAUGGCAAUUCGUCCCUCAAUAUUACAACUUUGUGAACAAACAACCUCACCGACUUCACUGCUUCUACAAUAAACGAUCGACGUUCAUCCACGGAGAGGAAGGAGAGGAGUCUCAAAUCGCUCUAGGACAACAGGAAAUCCACGACCGAAUCGUCGCUAUCGGCUACAAUGAGUGUAAAGUCUAUAUCCACUCCAUCGAUUCCCAAUCAUCAGCCAACGGAGGUAUAAUUAUCCUUGUUAUCGGUGAAAUGUCGAAUAACCACCAACCAUGGCGAAAAUUCACUCAAACUUUCUUCCUUGCCGAACAACCCAAUGGAUACUUCGUCCUGAACGAUAUCUUCCGAUAUCUCAAAGAAGAUGUAGACGAAGAUGAGGAGAUUGAAGAGGAACCCCAACCUAUUCAACCUGUUGCUGAGCCUACUCCUGCACCUGUGGAAGUCGAGACCAAACCUGCCGAACAAGUGACUCAAGAGCCUGCAAAGGCCCCUGAACCCGAACCCGAACCGGUCUCAACUCCUGCAGAAGUCAAGCAAGAUGCAGUACCUGAAGAGGCAGCCGUCGCUUCUGUUCCCGAUAAAGAUGUAGCUCCUUCAGAACCUGCACCAGCAGUUGAAGAACCCGUCACUUCCGCCCCACCUCCACCUGCUGAAGCUCCUGCGCCAGCGCCCGCUGCUCCCAAACCGGCUGCUUCGCUUUCUCCUGCUCCCGCUGCUCCAUCCCCCGCUCCCCCAGCUGCUGCCCCCGCCCCUCCUGCUCAACCUGCCGCCCCUCCUAAGCCCAAGACUUGGGCUUCCCUUGCUGCUUCAGGUGGAAAAGCUUGGUCAUCAGCUGUCGUGUCUAAUCAACCUGCCGCAUCGACUCCCGCUGCCGCCCCAGCUGCUCCCAAGAAGGAGGAAGCCGCACCUAUGGCAUCUGGCUCUGCCGAGAAGCAAUCUCCUGGUGUGACCAACGCCUUGAAGGUCAACACUGCUCAUUGUUUCGUAAAGCUUCCCAACUGGUCAGCCGACAACCAAGCAGGUGGUGAAUCUAUAUCAGAGAACGAUCUCAAGAACGCCGCCUCGCGAUUCGGAGAUGUCAAGAAAGUUGAAAUCGUCAAAUCUAAAGCCUGCGCCUUUGUCGAAUUCUACAAGGUCGAAUUCGCUCGAAAGGCCAUAAUCGCUUCUUUGCCAUCUGCUCAAGGAGGUGAAGAUGGAAUUAAGAUUGAUGGAAUUUCAGGCAAGAUCAAUUUCGAAACUCGAAAGGAGAAAGAUGAAAGACGUGUGAAUGCUCCUCAGGGACAAGGACAGGGACAGGGACAAGGUCAAAGACAAGCUAGUAAUAGAGGUGGACCAAGGCAGGGUGGUCAAGGACAAGGUCAACAACCCAACGGUGGACAAGGUGGUAGAGGUGGGCAGAGGAAUCAGGGUGGUCGAGGUGGAAGAGGUGGUCAAGUCAAUCAGGGUGAUCGACAAAAACAAUAA